ACUACUCGCCUUCCAAGGGCAGAUGAGGUGGAUGGUGUGCACUAUCGUUUCAUGAGUGUUCCACAGUUCCUUGCCCUGGAACGCAGUGGACAGCUCCUUGAGAGCGGAAUGUACAAAGGGAAUCACUACGGUACACCUCGUCCGGACCCGAAUGCCACUGCAUUGGACACCUUGAUCGGAAACAAUCUAUCCAUAUCAUCCUCAUCCAGUGCACAGUUAACGGACGAUUCGUGUGUAAUCCCUCCUCCGUUGCCACCGUUGGCUUCUCUGUCCAAUGUGAUGGGAAGCUUGUCCACUCCAAGUGAAUCCUCGUCUUCGUCGACCGGUGGUUCACAACAAACGCUUCCAUCGGCCACAGCUCUACCGCCUCCACCUCCGGUUAGGCACUCCUCGAUUACAAACCAGUCCACAAACACAUCUCGAGAACGUUUACCCGGCCAACUGCAGGAUAAGAUGACGAACGGACAGCAGAAAGAUGAGUCCGGUCUUGCAGCCUUUUCUCCACCGGGACAAACAAACUUUGCGCAUCGCGAUCGUGCCGGCUCAAUCGAUUUAGGUCCACUCUCGAGUCGAUAUGACAAAUUGACUAGUCAAUUAUUAUCUAACAACAAUUAUUUGAUCGAUUGCGAUUUGAGUGGGAGUCAGUGGAAGGAUUCAGGAAUCCACGUAACCAAUUGUUCCACCAGUUCAAGUGCCGCAACAAAUGGAGGACAAUCGAUUUCUUCCGAUACAACCUGCGCGGAUUUGAAUGCCACCGUUUGUCCAGACCGGGAUUUGCCUUACGGUUGGGAGGUAGUCCAAGAUCCUAAGUAUGGGAUUUUCUAUAUCGAUCAUAUCAACAAACGCACCCAAUAUGAACCUCCCACAGAAGAAGAUUUUGCUUUGGCCACGGCAGUUCGUUCACAGCUUUGGUCAGUCGGUGGGAUAAUUCCCACUUCAUCCGUUGCAGACAGCUCGUCCAUGGUCGAUUCACUUACAUCCCCGGACGGCAUACUUGUCACAAAUCGUCCCGGUCCGGAUUCCAAAGACGAUCGUGUCUCUCCAACAACGUUUACCACAGAUCCGAAGCAGAUUCGAGGACCAUUGGUAACAACCACAUUGGUGAAAAGUCCACGUGGUUUCGGAUUCACUGUAGUCGGUGGGGCAGAUUGUAAUCGUCUUGGUUAUUUGCAAAUCAAACACUUGGUUCCCGGCGGACCAGCCUCGGUGAACAGUUGCCUGGAUGUGGGUGAUGUGUUGGUCGUGGUGAACUCGAUCAACGUGCUCGGUUACACGCAUGCCGAGAUCGUCUCCCUCUUCCAAUCUAUUCCGGUCGGAACGAGUAUCACACUGACCGUAUCUCAAGCCUAUCGAUUGCGCCGUGACACCAGCGAGACUUCAUCGAUGAGCCCAGUCGCGACAUCCGCAUCGGGGAUUUCAUCCGCUGUGGGACUUCGAAUGCCAGCGCACCUCGAUCUAGGCCGUCCGGAUCGAGACCGGAGUUUCUCAAAGUCCGUACUACGGGCUGAAAUGUUGCAAAACCCCGCACCUAAGGUGGCCAUUUUCAAACAACCCAACGGUUUCGGAUUCACGUUGGCGGAUCAUCCUCAGGGUCAACAUGUGAAAGCCAUCCUGGAUCCGGGACGUUGUGGUCGGCUUCGAGUGGGUGAUGUGGUGGUCGAAAUCAACGAUCAACGUGUGAAAGAGGUCUCGCACGCCGAAGUCGUGCAAAUCCUCAAACAAUGCCCAGUUGGACAAGAGGCACGAUUAUUGGUUCAGCGUGGAGGCCUUUAUACCUCACCGCUGUCCUUAUUAACCGCUGAUCACGGUCCGUUGAAGCACGCGUCAGUUAUUGGGGAUAAGGAUGACACCCGACAAGAUGAUGAGAUAAUUCAAAAUUACAGCGGAGUUACACCGUCGUCCUCGGAAGCUCUGGCAGCUCAUUAA